AGUUGUAGCAUUAUGUAUGUCUCCUGUGGAUGAUACUUUCAUGUCCAGUUCCUUGGAUAAAACAAUUAGACUCUGGGACCUCAGGUCACCCAAUUGCCAGGGAUUAAUGCAUCUUCAAGGGAGGCCAACGUGUUCUUUCGAUCCUGAAGGACUUAUAUUUGCAGCUGGUGUGAAUUCUGAAAUAAUUAAACUUUAUGAUCUACGAUCGUUUGACAAGGGUCCUUUUGCCACUUUUAAAAUGCAGUAUGAGCGGACAUGCGAGUGGACAGGAUUGAAAUUCAGUAAUGAUGGAAAACUGAUGCUGGUGUCUACCAAUGGUGGUAUGGUCAGACUCAUCGAUGCAUUUAAAGGAGCAGUACUUCAGACAUUUGGGGGAUACAACAACAACAAAGGUAUUAGUUUGGAAGCAUCAUUCACACCAGAUUCUCAGUUUGUGAUGAUAGGAUCUGAGGAUGGUAAAGUCCACGUGUGGAAUGCAGAAAGUGGGUUAAAGGUGGCUGUUUUGGAUGGAAAGCAUACAGGUCCUGUCUCUUGCCUCCAGUUUAAUCCCAAAUUUAUGACAUUUGCCAGUGCAUGUUCAAACAUGGCAUUUUGGCUGCCUACAAUUGAUGACUGAAGAAAGAAAUAAAUUGGCAUUCCUUAAAUUGACUGAGAAAUCAGUGACAAACAAUGCAGAAAGUGGAUUCCCAGGUUUUCUGGGUCUCUAUGCAGAGAUGUGAACUUGAUUACAGGCUGACAAAGAAAUCUUCAUGCUCAGGUAUCAUUGGUCAUGGUGGUGGUUAUUUCUGCAUAUAUUCUUGAGGAAGUAAAGACUUUUUUGUCCUCAUUAUCAAACAGUCUUCAGAUUUUGAACUCAUCCCUGGCUGCAUGAUGAUAUUUCUCUUGGUCAUGUGCCAACUGCAUUUAAAACUUAUUGAAUGUACUGGAAUUUCUCUUCAGUAGGGCUUUGCAAGUUGUCUGGGAACAUGAACACAGUGGUAGCCACAAGAUGUUGGGGCCAAGUGUCAGUAUGGCUGAUUUCACUUCAGAUUCCAUCCAAAAUUAGACUAGGUGCUCACAAACUGAAGAUGCAAUUCAGCAUUUCAUCAAAAUGGAUGUCAACAUGUGAAGAACAGAAUCUCCUUGUAUGAAUCAUAUGGUUAGCUUUACAGAAAAACCAAGCUAAAAUCUGAUGAUGCUAUAUGUUCGGCUGGGUCAACCAGCAUCUGGAAAGAGAAACAGAGUUAACCUUUCAAGCCGCUGACAUUUCAUCAUAGCUGUCAUCAACUUGAAUCAUCAAAUCUCUUUCUCUCUCUCGUUUUCCAGAGAGUUUCAGCAUCUGUGGCAUUGUGCUUUUAAGAAUUGAGCCAGUUGAUUUUCUGUGGUAAUCUAAACCACUUUCUUUCAAUUGCUCUUGAAUUUUAAUUGGAAGUAUAUCACUGUUACUAGAUUGUAUAUUUGUAUAGUUCAAAACCUGGUUUCAAUUCAGAACAAAUUAUUCUUCAGAAUGUUCUUGAGAUAUCCUUUGUGAAUACAAUGGGGUGAUUUCAGUUUUUUUUGUAUUUUCUUUCAAUAUUCUGUCAAGGAAUCUUAAACUUGCCAAGUUUGAAAUACUAUUAAAUGCACUCUCGCAUACGAAUUUUAAUGUUUUUUGUUCAUGUUGCCCCUUUCUCCAUCAGCAUUUUGAAGUAUAAAAGCUCCAGAAAAUGUAUUGUAGUGAGAUGUGGUCUGCAGCUUUGAAUACAUUUGCUUCUAUCAUUAGGGUGUUUUGAUGUGCCAAAGAAACAUUUCUGCCACAACCAGGAAAGUAUUAUUUACUAUGCAAAAGCUGAGAAUCUCUGAUUCAUCGCGUUAAAUAUUUGAAACCACUACAGCCCCUGGAAGAUGGAAUUUUUUGGGAGGAGGUUUAAAACAAUAAAUUGCACACAACUUGUUUUUUUAAAAAAAAAAGCGCCGCUAGGCUUUUACCAUGCCUGAAAAAUUUUGAAUGAUCUGAAGUACUGAAUUGAGGUUCCAGUUUACAGUCAGGAUCAGAAUCUCACACCAUUCAUGUGCAAUUCUUCCAUAAAUCCGAACUGGAGAGGGAAGGAGAAGUGGUUCCUCCUUUCUUAAAUGACUUGGCAAGAUCAUCAAGAAAUGAUGCUGGCCAGUUGCAGAGAAUUGUUAACGGGCAGGAGAAAUGCAACUUUCUGAUUAUAGAGGAUUUUGCAAUUUUUAAAUGUGGCAAUUGGAAAAUUAGUCUUAAUGGAAUUGUUAGUGAAGUUAUCUGCAAAAUACAAUUUUAAUUCCAGUAAUUAUACAAAGAUGCAACAUUCUAUAGUGCCCUUUAAGUACAUAUUCUGUACUUAAACUGCUAUGGUUGUUUUCAAAUUACACUAUCAAUUUGCAACUCCUAAGUUUCGAGUGAGUACCUCAACUUUGACGGUUAGUCCUGAUGGAAAGUUAAAUAAUUAAAUUAAGUACGAAAAUCAUCAUCUUGUGAAGUAAGCUUUUAUUUUUGAGAGUCAUGGACUAUAACAUCUUGCAGCUAGCAUAGGGUUGUUUUGGCAAAGCUCUUAAACUUGAGACUUGAAUUUGGGAUAUGUCCUGAGAUUUUUAACACAACCUUGUUAAUGCAGAAUUUCUAUCCAGUCUGAAAAUAAAUAUUGUGGACAGGAUACAGUAGAAGGGAACCAGUAGUUUGUGAAAUCUGGAGGGUUUUUCAUUGUGGUAGGAUUAUGAAAUACUAACUAGACUUUUUUGAUCUCCCAAAUUCUGUUUUGCCUGCUGUGUUUUACCAGUGUUCAUUUUUCCACUGUUUGCAUGUUGCUUUUUAACUUUUUUAUUUAUGGACGGAUGUUUCGUUAGUGUGACAUAGUGAAAUUAGCUGUUUCUUUUCUGUAUUUCCUUGGUUGUUUAAAUUCAACAUUUUCCAAUAGCUUUGUUCAGUAGAUUAUGGACUUCAUGUUUUAUUUGAACACCCUCUCCCCACCCAAAAAAGACAGUAAAAUACAAAUGGCUUGAGGUGAAUAGUAAUUCUUCUGCAGGUCCAUAGCUUUGAGCAAUGAAUAUGUGCAAUUACUCAAGUUUAUAAAAACAUAACAAUAGUGUUGGAAUUCAUGUUGGUCUGAGUAUCUGAGUUUAAUAUAGAAUCCAAAAGUAUAUUCAGAAAAUAUCUUUGCAUCUUGACUCCUGAGAACGUUCUGAGUUGUACUCUGCUUGACACCUGUAGCUUUUAGUAUUGAGCUUUUGGAUCACAUGAUCAUCAUAGUGACAGCUGAUCAUGUACAACAUCAUGGCCAUAACUUCUGCAAUAUUAGGAGUCUCAUGCAGUAUAACUGUCUUAAAUUUGAAUUAUGAAACAUAUGCAAGUUCUAAUGUGCAGCAGUACUUGAGUUUUGGCACUGCCUAAAAAGUAGUAAAUGAUUUCUGGCACAUUAAAUGUGAUGUUUCACAUGUCCUUGCAAUAAAUUAUAUUUAAUGUGUAUGUGUGUAUAUAUACCUAUAGUAAUUAAAUGAAACUGUUAAUGUGAUUUUAAUCUCUGGUAUUUUCAGAGCUAAUCAUAUUGCUGUAAAUCCUGUACCCAGCAAGCUUCUGUAGUUUCAUUCCUUCUGGUAAUCUUAUUACUUUGUAUCCCUAUGGUAUUUAACAUUUUGUAUGGUUUCAUAUGAACAAUGUUCUUUUUUUCAAAAGGGCCAGUGACUGUUUGCUGUUGAAAAUGCAAGGAUGCAGUUUUGUUGGUAGCUAAUCUGGUGCUUCCUCAUGUGCAUCAAAGCAAUUUUGGCAGGUUUAUUCUCCUUGGAUGAUCCCGUCAUGUUCUUGCCAUUAAGUCACUUUCCACUCUCUUGGCUCUGAGUAUAUCUAUCAGAGAGGUGCUUGAAAGAGAGGCAAAACCUUUACAUUUUUUUAAAAUUGAGCACAGGGAAGAUGUUUUAAACCGUGUAAUUUGUUCUUGAAUAUGCUGGAGUUGUCCUCAUUAGCUAUAAAGCUAUUGUAUUGCAAAAUUUUGUAUAAAGCUUUUGCAUAUUGCUACUAUAAACAUGAAGAUUUGCUUGGAAAUAUUUCUGUAAACUGUGGUAAAAUUAAAUUAGACAUUUAUUUCACCAA